AAAACACACACACACACACACACAAACACGCACAGAAUCCCACAAGUGAGAGACACAUUACCCUGGAUUUUACACUUGUGAAGAUCAAGUGGAGGGAAGAAAAGAUCUUUCCACAAGGAUUUAUCUGCUCCCAGCCAGAGGAUGCUUUUUUCCUAGUUUUUGCAAGCUGCUUGGUGGAUUUGGUGUUGCCUCAAAUUAUUUGUUCUACAAAUUAUUUCACAAAGCAGCGUGUCUGUGUGUUUGCGGAGGGGGAGACAGGAGAGCCAGAGAAUGCUAUCACAAGUCUUGAGGAUUUUGAGUGUCUUGUCUUUUUGCUUUUUUCAAGACAGCUUUAUCAGGCCAGGAUCCUGCAAGGAGGAGAUCAAAUCAGCCAGCAGGGCAGCCUCCCAGCCCAUGUCCCCGUCCGACUUUCUAGACAAACUCAUGGGAAGAACCUCGGGAUACGACGCCCGCAUCAGACCCAACUUCAAAGGUCCACCUGUUAAUGUCACCUGCAACAUCUUCAUCAACAGUUUUGGGUCUGUCACAGAAACCACGAUGGAUUACCGUCUGAACGUCUUCCUACGACAGCAGUGGAACGACCCCCGGCUGGCGUACAGCGAGUUCCCGGACGACUCCCUGGACCUCGACCCUUCUAUGUUAAACUCCAUUUGGAAGCCUGAUCUUUUCUUUGCAAACGAGAAAGGUGCCAACUUCCAUGAGGUCACCACGGACAACAAGCUGCUGCGCAUCUUUAAGGACGGGAAUGUGCUCUACAGCAUCAGGCUGACUCUGAUUCUGUCCUGCCCUAUGGACUUGAAGAAUUUCCCUAUGGAUAUUCAGACCUGCACCAUGCAGCUUGAAAGCUUUGGUUACACGAUGAACGACCUGAUCUUUGAGUGGCUGGAUAUCAGUCCCGUGCAGGUGGCUGAGGGGCUCACUCUCCCCCAGUUUAUUCUGAAAGAUGAAAAAGACCUGGGCUACUGCACCAAGUACUAUAACACAGGUAAAUUCACCUGCAUUGAGGUGAAGUUUCACCUGGAGAGACAGAUGGGCUACUACCUGAUCCAGAUGUACAUCCCUAGCCUGCUCAUCGUCAUCCUGUCCUGGGUCUCCUUCUGGAUCAACAUGGACGCAGCUCCAGCACGGGUUGGCCUGGGAAUCACCACCGUGCUCACAAUGACCACCCAGAGCUCAGGCUCCCGGGCCUCCCUACCCAAGGUGUCCUACGUGAAGGCUAUCGAUAUCUGGAUGGCUGUGUGUCUGCUUUUUGUGUUUGCGGCCUUGCUGGAGUAUGCAGCUGUAAACUUUGUAUCCCGACAGCACAAAGAGUUCAUGCGGCUGAGAAAGAAGCAGAGGCGACAAAAGAUACGACAGCUAUAUGCAUACGGGCAGGACAGAGCUGCAGUUCCUUUGGAAAGAAUAUUUACUGUGAUUAAAGAUGAAGACCUGGCUCGUCAAAGUCGUGGCUUCUACUUCGGAGGCUACGGACUGGGACACUGCCUGCAGGUGACGGACGGCACCGCGGUGGAGGGGGCCACCAUCUUUGCCCCCCCGCCGCCCCCUCCCCUACCCAAGGACACCGAGGCUAUCCGCAAAAAGUUUGUGGACCGGGCCAAGCGCAUCGACACAAUAUCCCGGGCAGUCUUCCCUUUGAGUUUCCUCUUUUUCAACAUUUUCUACUGGAUCACCUACAAAGUGCUGCGGCACGAGGACAUCCACCAGGCCUUGUAGGAAACACUUCUUUUCUAACCAAAACUGCCUGUAAGAUUUCAAAGAAAAAGAUUUGAUUGUAUUUUCUGCUACAAGACAACCCGUGCAGUGUGUGAUAGAACUAAGUGCCCUGAAAAAAUCUACUCUGAUUUGAAAGUAUUUUUUUUUUUUUUUUUAACAGCAACUUGUUUCAUUUUUCUUUUAAUAACUUGUUCACCCUUGGAUGAUGUUACAGGAGAGCCCCAUUGAAUUAUAGACUAAACCAAGAAACAGGCACUAUUCUUCUCAUAACAGCCCUCCAGAAGGUAACAUGUACUGGUUACUUCUUGUUAUUCUCUCAUCUAUUGUCAAUUCUGUUUGUACUUACCCUAGUUUUGCAGGUACGUUCAAGCUGUAAAUUGCUUUCCAGUUGCUGCACUUACCUGUGCUGAUCAGUUCCAUCCUUGGAUUUGCCAUAGUCCCAUAGCACAAGGGAGAAGCAACUUUACAGAAACUCUGUGAAGUGCACAAAUCACAGAUAUGACCUUCACUGGGUGAAAACAAGCAAUUUGGAUUUAUGAAAGUAACAUUGUAAAUAUACAAGAAUACAUCAAAAUAUAUUGUGAGUGAGAAAACACAAAGUAAAUCCUAAGGAUGUCAUCUUUUGUAGUCUGAGAAGUGCAUUUUUUUUCUUUUUUUUCUUUUUUGAAUAGGGAGUCAUUAAAAUAGAGACAGCUUUUAAAGUUAGAUUUUAAAAAAUGUAUUCUACCAUAUACUGCAUCUAAAAAAAAAUAUGUUUUUGAAGAAAAAAAAUGUACCUAAAGAAAUAUUUUUUACUUAAUCUUUGAAUUGCUAACUUGGGGCAAUGCUUAUAAAUAGCUAACUGUUCGGAAGUUUUAACCUUCCAAAUGGAUCAUGUUGAAUAUGCUGAACCUAUCAAAUCACAUCUGGUGAUAUAUUUAUGCCGUAGCUGCUGAAUUUGAAUGACUGGAUGUCUGUAGAGGUUUUCUUGACAAAACUAAGAUCAAAAUCUUUGUUUGACACAGCAGCAGAGCUUUACCGUGUCUCUUCUCAAAACUCCUUUCAAUCUCCAAGUUGACAGCUCUGACAUGACCGGCAUGUCUAUUACAGAUCUGGAUACCCAGUGGUGUAACUCAAGCUGCAGUGUUUUGUUACAAAUUUGAACACGGGAGCUUUGUGAUUCAAGAGAUUGAAAACCCAAGCCACAGGACCAAAUGCACGGUACAUAUUUAAUAGAUUGCAACAUGCACGUCUGUCUUUCUGUUUGGCAACAGCUAGUUACAGCACCCCCCCACCUUACUCUUUUUUAAAACAGAUUUUAGUCUGGAAGAAAUACUUUUUUUUCACCGAUUGCAUGGUUUAUACUGUAUGUUUGAAUCAGUUUGGCGAAUUCUCUGCUGAUGUUGGUCGGUUGAAAUCAUGUUUCUUCAAUGGAACGGAUGAGUUUGGACUCUAGAGACUGGACUACAGGUGGUAAUGAGAUGGUAUUGCACUACGUGCGCAAGUGUGAGUCAUCUCUGGAAAAAGAACGUGGCCUUGAGGUAUUGCAUCAGCAAAAGUGGUGCAAUAAACAAGCCCUAACCCCCAAAGUAAUAUAGCUGAUAUGAAUCCACCUGAAGGAAACCCGCAUAGUGUGAUGACCCUCUUCUGUUAUGUUUUCAUGGGUAAUAAGUUUAUAUUUGAUGAAAUACAGUCGGCUUCACCAAAUCGGGAUUUCUGCUCAAUCUCAAUUCUAUUUAUGUCGUUUAAUUGGGCCGUCACUUCAUUUAAUUGGGAUACAGAAUUUUCAAAUGAUGAACAGAGAUCGCUUUUCAAAGCAAGGCAGGUUAGCAUAGCACCGUGCAGUGAGUCUGUGAGUAUGUGAUUACGCUGUGACUUGCGUAAAUUGCAUAGACCACAUUGAACUCUUGAAGGAGCUGCUGGAGUCUCCUGUGGUUUCUCAGGGUGCUGUUGCAAAGACAGUUGGUGUGUCAACAUCGCAGGUGUUUUGCAUUGUGAUAAGAUGUGAUUUCAUUCUUUUUCACUUCAUGUACAAAUUAAAAAAAAACAGCUAUUCAAUUUAUUUAGGAAUAAAAAACACUAUUGAUGUACUUUAUUGUUAUUAUUUGUUUAUUUAGCAGACGCCUUUAUCCAAGGCGACUUACAGAGACUAGGGUGUGUGAACUAUGCAUCAGCUGCAGAGUCACUUACAAUUGCGUCUCACCCGAAAGACGGAGCACAAGGAGGUUAAGUGACUUGCUCAGGGUCACACAAUGAGUCAGUGGCUGAGGUAGGAUUUGAACCGGGGACCUCCUUUUCUUUAACCACUGGACCACACAGCCUCCUAGAUGAUGUAUUUAACAUAUUCAUUCUUUUUCUUUUCAUUUAGAAACAAAAAAGUGUGAGGCCGUCUCAACUACCUCUCGUUUAGUUGGGACAGUCGCUUAAUCAGGAUAUUUUACUCCUCCCAAUGACUCCCGAUAAAGCGAAGCCAACUGCAAUUCAUCUUUUUAAAUGACUUGGGACGGUUUUGAAGUUGCUUAAUUAACCCCAUAUGUCAAUUCACAGUCACAGAUUCAUGGGACUCUUGUCUUUUUGAAAUGUCUGACCAUUCUUGCUGUGGAGUUCUAGUGGCUUGUGAAACCUUGAAUUCAACCAUGCUGACCAAUCUCUCAAUUUGCUAGGUGCCCUGCGUUCGUGUAGCCCAGUCUCAAUAAACUCGCCUUCCACACUUACACUCUAGAAAGGAGCACUGGCAUCACAAUUUCUUGGGAUGAAAUGCAAAGCAACCUCAAAGUAACCCAAAUCAUUAUAUGGAAGGUGCCAUCCUCCUUUGCACUGUGUGUUCACAGUUAGGUGCCAUGGCACUAGCUUACAAUAUAUUGUAUGGUGUGUUACUGUGCUUGAAAAAUGGUGCCUAUUUAUAUUAUUUAUAUUAUUAUAUUAAGUAACCGUGUUGAAAAGCAACUAAUAGUGAGAGUUGGAAAUUACAACACAAUUUCUUUGGUUCAGUUUCUCUACCCAGAUGGUUGAAAGCCAGCACAACCACCAUGUCCUGCUGAAAGCCAUAUCACCCACCUAUCUGCAACUUUAAACCAUUGAAAACAUGGUUUGUGACGUUCGCCAUACAAUAUAAUAAUAGCAACAUUAAACGGUUACAUUUUGGGUGCCAGUAACACCUCUGGGAUGGUUUAAAAUAAAAAAAGUCACAGAACAACUGUGCCUAAUGGCCCUCUGUUAUUUUGACAAAGUUGGUAUCUGCAAAUGGAGCUCAACCAAUCCAGCUAAGAAUAUUGAACCUUUAUAAAGGAACCACCAUACAAAUGUCAGUUUGCCAUGUAGAUCAUAACAUGCAUUUUUUGAGUGCUGAUAUAGUGCUUGUAUAAGGGGUUAUUGAACAAAGAGCUGUCUUCCUGUUGUGUGAUGUCAUCUGAAGAUUGGUGUGUCAAUGACAGUAAUCUGAUGUUACCGAGCAGGGUCCCAUCUUUAUUGAUUAUGUACUGUGUAUUAAAUGCAUAGCCUGGGUUAUGCAUUAGGUGUGAGCUUGCUUUACCAACAGCAAUCACCUGCAGGGAAUCUAUAAAUUACCAUCAAAAGGAAAGAGAAUCCAAAUGUUUCAUGGCAGCGUAUACAUGAUAUGGGGACGUGCAAUGUACAGUUCAUAACUUGGGAAUUAAGAGUUUUAUUUAUCUUUGUUUAUUGAAUACUUCAUAAAUUCCAGAUAAAAAAUAAAUAAAUAAAUAAAGAUGUAAUAAAAAGAUUUUUUUUAUGAA